AGCGCCACUUUUGAGCGCCGAUCACACCAACAACAAUAACACACGGCAGAAGUUAUCCAAAAGUGGUCAAGGAAUACCGAGAGAGCGGUGCUAUAACUACACAGUCCACAGCUUUGCUAGCAAGGUCAAAGAUGGUUCAAGACAGUGCUCACAUCCGGCGGCGGGGUGCCCAGGACUUUAUGGCAUAUUAUGACUUUGCCUGUGCCAGACAGGAAUCAGUCCCUCUUCCCGCUGUUAAAAUGAACCUUGACAAAGGGAUGCUGGACUUUAACGGAGACCGGGUCAAACUCACAGACUGGCAGCCCAUUCUCAACUCUAUCUGCAUCAAUAAACACCUGCACCACAUUGCAAUAAGUAGCACAUACCAAGCUAGCCUGGCCUCCGGAGACGCAGAUAGAAGGUACUUUAGAUCUAGCUUCAGGAAGAAGAUCCCAGCCAUUCGCUCUAAGGACAUGACAUUUAAGUUGUGCAAGGCCCUGAGAGAGUGUCUGACUGUCUCUCCCAACCUCAAGACUCUGCAGCUUAAUGGCCUUCCACUGAGAGAAAGGGACCUCAUCACCUUAACAAAGGGUUUUGCAAAAAGUGUUUCCUUGGAAAACCUGUCUCUGGCUAACUGUCCAAUCUCUGAUGAGGGCUUAGAGGUCAUCUGCCAAAGUGUUAAAUACUCUACAAGCAUCAGGACGGUAGAUUUUACAGGAUGCAAUCUCACCUGGAGAGGGGCAGAGCAUAUGGCAAGCAUCAUCAAGCAUCAGGGAAUGCAGCGGCAUGGUACGGCAUGGGCAGAGUCUCUGAGAUAUCGGCAGCCACAGUUUGAGGGAAUGGGAGGUCUCCGCCGUGUCACCCUGAACUGUAACACUUUGAUAGGGGACAGGGGUGCUGCUGCUCUUGCACAAGAACUGGCAGAGGACCUCUGGGUUAAAGCUGUGGAUCUGCAGAGGUGCGGUCUAUCCAAUGAAGGAGCACGUCGUUUGUUGGAAACCUUGAAAACUAAUUCUGCUCUUUGUGUACUGGAUAUACGUAGUAACCCUUUAGUUGACAAGGUACUAAUUAAAACAAUACUAGAGAAAGUUCUGAUGAAUGCUGAAGGACAGUCACCAGAGUACUGCUGGAUCAAGCCUGCAACCUCAGAGCCACAGAGAGCAGCUGGUCCAAAGAGGCGAGCACUUCCCAGUGCAAUCAGAGGAAAAACUACAUUUAGGAUAGCCUCUAGUAAAGGAACAUCUCCUGCAGGACGGAGUUCAGGUGUUUCUCACACACAGAAACCCUAUUCCCGCUCCUGUCGUGUGCCUUGGCGUGCUGCUGCACGAGCUGGACGUCAGAGAGGAAUGCCUCCUGGAGUUUGUGUGAUAGAUCAAAGUUUCCAGGGUGCAGCGACUGUGAAAGUUACUGUGGAGUCAGAUUCAGAUGAAGAGGAGGAGGAAGAGGAAGAAGUGGUGGUAGAAGUGGAGCAGAGACCGUCUUCUUUUAGUCUCCAAGACAGAAUCACUCAACGGCAGUUUAAACAUAUGCAGAUGGAGCUAAAAGAGUGUCGUUUGAGGCUCGCUGAGGAGCGCAGAGCCAGACUGAAAGCUGAGUCAAGGCUCACGGAGUUUGAGUUGGAGAAUGCCCGUCUUCGUGACACCAACCUCUCCCUGUCAGAGGCGCUUGCAGCUGCCGGCUCUGCAUCAGCACCACCUGCCCUCGGUGCUCUUGAAGAUGAGGCAGUGCUGGAGAGCAUUGAGAGCUCAUUCACCAAAUUCCAUGCUUUCCUGGAUCUGCUCAAGGACGCAGGUCUUGGUCAGCUUGCUUCUUUGGCUGGAAUUGACAAGUCAGAUUUCCACCCUCCUGGAAGACCUCAGCUCUCCUCUACAGUAGGACCGUAUUUGUAUUGUGCGGCAUCACUGACUGGAGGGGAUUAUCGAGAUGUUCGGGCAAAGACUGAUGCUUCAUCUUUGGUGGGCAGCGUCCUGCCUGCUUCCUCUGACAGACCAGCUGACACCACCACACCCAGAUCUCCACCCCCUGUCAGGGAUUUUCUGUGUGAAGAUAAGUUACAAGACGUGACCUUGAAUCAGAAAUCUGGACCUGCAGGAAAUCCUGGUGCGGGUGGAGAAGAGGAACUAGAUGAGGAUUUAGAGCUUGAUUCACAGCAUGACUCAGUUUCUGAUGGCAGUGCCAGCAGUCAGAAAUUCUUAGAAAAGGCUUUCUUUAAUAAAAGCUUUCGGACUCAGUCAAGCCACCCCAAGAGCAACGUCAACUCACACAGAAGCAGCGGUUCCAACGAAUACAGCUUCAACAACAGCUAUGCUAACAGUCAUGCUUCCCAGAGCAACGGGUCUCAUGGUGGAUCGUCUGUAAGGUCAAGUGUUAGCGACAUCAUCAGUGACCAGGCAGAGUCUGUGGGAUCAGGAAGCUCGAGGAAGAGGGGAGAGGGAAGGCUGGUGACAACAGGUCAGUCAGGGUCAGAGGGGUCUGACAGGAGAGUGUAUCCUGCGAAGAAGACGCUGGAGCAGAUCAGGUCUCUGGGCACUCUGGGAGGGCAGUCAGAUGAUGAAUCUUUCUGACCCAUCGACCAAAGACAUUUGCCUGAUCUCAGUGCCUUCUCCAUUGACUUGUUUCUGUUAAGGCCCUGACACACCAAGCACGUGGUCGUGCCAUCGAUGAGUGUCUGUCGCCUUAUUUUGCAGUGUGUCCCACACCAUUAGCACUAUUCAGCCCUUGCCGGCUUUUUACUGGUAGAUCAAACAUGUUGAAUCGGCGUCAGAGAUCGGAACUCCCGUCCGUGAAAGAAAUCCCUCUGAUUCUCAGUACGUCUCAGCACAUGAGAAGAGAAACAGAAGUGAGGAAAGCAAACAAACGCAUAAAAAAAGGGGGGUUGCAAGAUCGAAACAAACUUGUUGUAUUAGAUAAGACCAUGUUCUACUCAAUGAGCUCUUCGGCAGAAACUGUUCAUAAUUGUUAGUGUUAUUGUUCGCUUGUGCACAGUAAAAAUAAUUUGUUCUUUCAACAUCAAGUUGUGCCUUUAAUAUGCUAACUGGUCAGCUAGCAUCCUAAAUCCACCCUGUCGGCCCUCAGUUUUCCUCUUUUUGAGUGACAAAUACAGACAACAGCGGUCUGCUGCUAUGGAGAGUAAUUUCCUCUUACGCAUGCGCAGAACGUACAUGCUUGCUGGCUGUAGCGUUUAUGGUGUGUUCAGGUGCAGCUCUUUGGCAGAGGUCAGCCUCAGUCGCUGCUUGGCUUUUGAUGUUAAUUUGGUUUGUCUGGGCCUUUACUUCGUGUGUGUGAUCUAUCAUACAUCUCUUUUUAAGUGUAGAUUUAUUUUUUAAAUCUUUAAAAGGAAUAAGAUGAGAAUUCUUACAUUAUCAGUGUCAGAUAUUUCAUUUUAGAGAGAGAGCUUGAGAUGUCAGUUAAACAUCCUGAGACAAUGAAUCCCCCUUUUUGACACAUUUUGCACUUCAAGAUAUUUAGGUUUUCAAGUUAACCCCACCUCAAUCAAUUCAAAUAUGCAAAUCAAGUUUCAGUGUGACCCUAUUUCAUGUAGAGAAACAUCCAACUUCAGAGGAAAAUCAUUUCAAAGCCGUUUCAUAGCAUCUUUUAGUGAAGAGAAAUCACUGUACUAUUACUUUUUAUGGCUGUUUUUACAAAGCAUAUAUAUAUUUAAAAAGUCUCUAUGAUGUGAAAUUGUAUCAUUUUUUGAUCCUAUCAGGAUAAUCUGCCCCUCUUGAAAAAAAUGCAUUUUUUGAAUAAACAUGUUAGGUGUUUAAAAAUGUGUUUCUGAGCUUCUACGUUGAAAAUUUAAAAAGCUUCUCUGAAGCCGCUCCAAAGUAGAAAAUGUUAAAAUCUGCACCAUCAAAGUACAUUACGAACCUGGUAUUGCACUAAUUUACUUAAUUACACAAUUUGAAGAGUUUUUGAUAUCCUCUAAUAUACCCUGUUUG